GAAGGUAGGCUGCAGCGUGUGUUUAUUGAUGAGAUGAAAGAAGAUGGAAGUGAGAAAUGAAACAAAGUAAGGGAAAAUAUUAAACAAUUCGAAGCCUUGCCGGGGAAAAACCGGGGAAGCUGUGAAUCGCUGUCGCCACUGGAGAAAAAGCUUAGGACAGCAGCGAUACGUCUGGAUUGACUCACGAAGACACUGCCAGGACAUCAAAUGUGAUCUGUGAUGUCAUUGCAAGGUGGGGAGGUUUUGGAGGUGUCCAGUUUAAAUUGAAAGGGUGGUAUUGAAGAGACCACUGUGGCAGAGCGACCUAUGAUAGAGGCAGCAGAGAGGACGGAAGGUAUUGCCUAGCACUGGUCUUUCCUCAGCCACCUCCACCAGGAACCUGUAGCAGUGUGUCCCGUGCCUCAUCACCAGCCUCACACACAUCUUCCCAACCAAGCGUCAUCUGACUGUGUGACAUCAGUUGCAAGGGGAUGACCGAGUGCAUUCAUAACAUCAAUCUCCACAACUUCAGCAAUUCUGUACUUGAGACCCUCAAUGAGCAGCGCAACCGCGGGCACUUCUGUGACGUGACUGUUCGGAUCCAUGGAAGCAUGCUGCGAGCCCACCGGUGCGUGCUGGCCGCUGGGAGCCCCUUCUUUCAGGACAAGCUGCUCCUCGGCUACAGUGACAUUGAGGUCCCCUCUGUAGUCUCGGUGCAGUCCAUCCAGAAGCUGAUAGACUUCAUGUACAGCGGGGUCCUGCGGGUGUCCCAAUCGGAAGCUCUCCAGAUCCUCACUGCUGCCAGCAUCCUGCAGAUCAAGACGGUCAUCGAUGAGUGCACCCGCAUCGUGUCCCAGAAUGUGGGCCUGGCCGGGCCAGGGGGGUUCCCUGUCAACCCAGGGGACUCUGGGCAAGAGACGCCCCGGGGCACGCCUGAGUCAGGCACCUCUGGGCCCAGCAGCGAUGCAGAGUCAGGGUACAUGCAGGCCACGUCCCAGCAGAGCCUUGAGCGUGCCUACACAUCGCUGUACUCCUACUCUGGCCUUUCAUUGCAGAAUGGAACCCGUGAGCGCUCCCACUACGUAACCAGUAUGACAACAAGCUACGACCCAGCCCUCAGCACGCAGAAGGACCAGCAUGACCCGCCAUGGAUCACCCGCAUCCAUGAGAGAUCACAGCAGAUGGAACGCUUCCUAUCCACUCCUGAGACCACCCACUGCCGCAAGCAGCCCCGGCCGGUACGCAUACAGACAGGAGGUAUUCACAUAAAGCAGGAGGCAGAGGACGAGUACAGCAGCUAUGGUAUGGAUGAGUGCACAGAAGACACUGACCACGUUGAGGGUGUGGAGAGUGAACCGAAGGGUGAAAGCUUUGACUCAGGGGUAAGCUCCUCCAUCGGUACUGAGCCAGACUCCGUGGAUCAGCAGCAGUACCUGGUUGGCUUUGGGAGGGAAGGGGGUGGAGAGGGGCAACAGUGCGAGGGGACCCCAGUGCAGAUCGAGGUCAAUGACUCCUCCCCAGAGCAGAUGCAUGAGAUGGAUGACAGGGGCACAUCCCACAACACUAGCGACAGUAACAUGUUGCAGCCCCUGCCCAACCCAAUCAUGGCCCAGUCCCUGCCAAGUGCCCCACUCUACAUGUGUCAGGCCGAAACUCACACCAGCAACCUGAGGAUGCCGCUCACCAUGACCAGCAACACCCAGGUAAUGGGCACAGCCGGCAACUCCUACCUGCCCAACCUCUUUGCCACACAGUCGGCCAGCAACAACAAGCCCUUCCUCUUCAGCCUGCCACAGUCCAUGGGAGGCCAGCAGCCCCAGUUUGUGGCCGUGCCGCCCCCUAGUAUGCCCCCAUUCCCUCAGCAGUUGAUGGUACAGCAGCAUGCAGCGCGGGAACAGCAGCAGGCGGCCCAGAUGGGGCAGGGGGAGAAGAAGCCCUAUGAGUGCACUCUCUGCACUAAAACCUUUACUGCUAAACAGAACUAUGUCAAACACAUGUUUGUGCACACUGGUGAGAAACCACAUCAGUGCAGCAUCUGCUGGCGCUCGUUCUCCCUGAAGGAUUACCUAAUCAAACACAUGGUCACUCACACAGGGGUACGUGCCUACCAGUGCAGCAUCUGUAACAAACGCUUCACCCAAAAGAGCUCCCUCAACGUCCACAUGCGGCUGCACCGUGGAGAGAAGUCCUACGAGUGCUACAUCUGCAAGAAGAAGUUCUCUCACAAGACCCUGCUGGAGAGACAUAUGGCUCUGCACAGCACAGUGGGCGCCAUCACGGGGCUGUCGGGAGCAGCAGGCGCCGGUGGCCCUGUCUCCAUUCCCAUGGCCGUGCCCGAACCCGGCGCCGGAGUUGUGGCCCUCGCCAUGCCCGUCAGCGGAGGCGCCGGAAUAGGGGGUGGGGUCGGAACAGGAGUGGGUGUGGCUGCGGAAGCAAGCUGCCAAGAAGGGACCACCUAUGUGUGCUCCGUCUGCCCUGCCAAGUUCGACCAAAUUGAGCACUUCAAUGACCACAUGCGAAUGCACGUCUCCGAUGGAUAAGUACAAAUAGAUGCACUUCUUUAAAAAAAUUAUGAAAAAGAAAAAUGGCACUAGAUUUUUUUAUUUUGGGUCAUGAAGAGUAGUAAUUAGUAUAGACACUGGCACAUUAAGUUUCCCAGAAAUUUGUUUUGUUUUGUUAUUCUAAAAGAAAAACAAGAUGGUGGCCUUAAGGCUUUGUAGUUUGAUAUUGAUCCACUGGAUGGAUCCUUACUACAGGCCUCUAAAUGUAUGCUUUCCUAAAAUACUGAUUUAUGUGUUGAACACUACCGAAAGGCCUACGAAAGAAACACACACACAUACACAAAUUCAAACUCACACACCUAUAUACAGUAUAGAUAUAUGUUUGUAUGA